AGUGGAGCGUGUUCUGUGGGUGAAGCAUUUGACCAAAAGCUUGUACACCACAGAGUGGCAGAGCAGUGCACUAUAGAUCAACUUUACUUGGAUUGGUUUGGCUGGAUCAACAGGACCACACAAUAAGUUAACAAAUCAGCAUUUUUGAAGACACAGGACUAGAUUGUCAAGGAAAAAAAUACGUCAAAUUCGGAUUACAGAAAAGAGAUUUUCAACGCGCUUUGGAUACUUGUACAACUGGACGAAGAGGUUGUUUCUGUCAAACCAUUUCAACAAGAAUGUCUGGUAUGCAAAUUUCAAACUGCCAGUAACACAUUUACCUAUUUUUAAAUAUUUUGAACAGUAUCAAACUGUAAACAUGUAUAACAGCACCAUAGAGAAUUCCAACUUCAGUGCUGUGGGUGGUUCCCAGUUUAGUGUCCCAUGCAACAGAAGUGAUGAGUUUAAGUAUCCUCUAUAUAGUGCAGUGUUCAGCCUGGUGUUUGUAGUUGGACUUCUCUUUAACACUGUGUCUAUGUACAUUUUUGCUUGUACUCUAAAACUGAGAAAUGAAACCACAACAUACAUGAUGAACCUGGUGGUGUCAGACUCUCUCUUUGUGCUCAGUCUGCCUUUUCGAAUUGUCUACUUUGUGAAGAGAGAGUGGAUUUUUGGCCCAGUGCUUUGUAAGAUUUCUGUGGCUUUAUUCUACACCAACAUGUACGGAAGCAUCCUCUUUCUAACCUGUAUCAGUAUAGACCGCUUCCUGGCCCUUGUGUAUCCCUUUCGCUCUAAAACCAUUCGCACAAAACGCAAUGCUAAACUUGCCUGUUUAACCGUAUGGACGAUAAUACUUUCUGGAGGCAUUGCUGUUGGCUAUCAACUGAGGACAUCGUCCAUCAAAAAUAUAAAUUCUUCCACCUACUAUUGCUUCGAGAACUACUCCAGAGACCAGUGGAGAUCAGAGCUGUCCAAAGUGGUGAUGUUUAUAGAAACUGUAGGUUUUAUCAUCCCACUUCUGCUCAAUGUGUUCUGUUCAGCUAUGGUGCUACGGACAUUAAAAAACCCCCAGACCAUCAGUCGCGGGGGGGACCUCAACAAAGCUAAAGUUUUAAGGAUGAUCAUUGUCCAUAUUGUAAUUUUCUGCUUCUGUUUCAUUCCCUACAACGUCAACCUCAUAUUUUAUGCCAUGGUUCGCUCCAAGGUCCUCAAAGGGUGCAACGCAGAGUUUGUGGUCAGAACUAUCUACCCCAUUGCCCUGUGUAUAGCGGUCACCAACUGCUGCUUUGAUCCAGUCAUUUAUUACUUCACUUCAGAGAGCAUUCAGAGCUCCAUCAAACGCAAGUCCACCAGAUGGCAAAAUGGGACCAAGUUUUUCGACAGACUGCAGUUAGACAGCUCCAGGAACAGUCCCAUCACAUCCCCUAAAACUCUCACUCUAAGAACAGCUCUAUCAAAACUAAAUGACGAGUCUGCAAAUAAUUCAGACAAAGACAUUUAGGGAUAAUGAAGGGUGCCAACCCAUAAGCCACACUUUGAACUCUUAAUAAUGUAAUAUUGUUAUCUGACCUUUUGUUGUGAUUCAUUGUAAUGUAAUGUAAUGUUAUAGUUGAUGCCCUGUGUGUGAGUUUGACUAUGAUCCAGUAUUAAAUUAGUUUAAAAUGUA